AUGGCGCGUGAGUAUUUCGCGAUGGCGGUGUCAAAGUCGCGGGCCUUGUACGCUGCGUUCCCGGCCUCCUUCUCGGCCAGCGCGGCGCGGCGCGCCGCAGCCACCUCGUCCUCCCCCUCCGGCUCCUCGGGUUGCGGCGCCGGGGCGGGGGCGGAGCCGGGCCGGGAGCUGGCCUCGGGAGGCGGCGCCGCCCCGGAAGCCGACGCGGGGGCGGCGUCCUCCUGUAUUUGGUAUCGAGGGGGGAAGGGUGGGCAGACUCCUCGGGCGAGCUCAAUGGACACAGGGAGCGCAUGCGAUCCCCGACUGCGGCUUCCAGGCCCUGCUCCCAAAAGCCUCACCUCCAUGGGCUCAGGGCCGAACCCGGCAUGGGCCGAGGUGGAGGUGGCGGACCCCUCCUCUGCGCUGCCAAAGUUGAGCCCCAGCCCGACUUGGAGCGCCUGCUGCAGCCUGUUGUCCGUCAAGUAG